GAAGUGAUCCGCGGAGGUGCUCGAUCGAGGAGUUCGCCGUCCACUUCUUAGGACUUAUCCGAUCGCAAACGGAGGAUUUCGCGAAAUGUCCUCCAUCGGUUUGCGAAACCCCGAAGAAAGUUCUACCAUCGUCAGAAGCGACAGCCCCGGGUAGCGCAGCCUGCAAUAGGAAACUGUCAAUCACAUCCACAACCGAUCCGUCCUGCAUCGCCGACACAAACAAUGUUCCCAUAUCGCAAUCAAUUUCCAUGACAGCAACGAAUGAGACAACGACGACAACGAAGGGAACAGCUCAAUUACGGACGACGACGUCCGGCUGUCUGAAAGCCGAUACGGGUGGGACCCCGGCUGGCGAAGGACACCCAACCGGAAACCGCUCCCAAACGGGACGAACGCCGAUCUCACGUGAUUUAUUUAUCGCAUCCACGGCGACGUCAAUGACCCCGCCGGAUGAUGACUUCCAGGCGGGCUUUCGAACGCUCGACCACGAUGACCGGGUGGGUGCAUCUGCCGCCCCAUCUGCUGCUGCAGGUGGAGGACACAUUCAAUCGCAGUCCAGUGGUACAGCAGCUGCUGCAGCACAAUCGUCGGCGGCGUUGCAUCGGACAGCUGCAGCAAUCGGAUCGUUUACAGGCGAAGCUGUUUCAUCAUCGGCGGCUGGGCGGAGUGAUAUCACCAGACGCAGUUACGAAAGAAUGGAAAACGAAAUUUCCACAUCUAUCAUAGAUGCUCCAUUCAGCCCCAUUCCAAGCGCCAGACUAGGUACCAAUUUACAGCCAGACAGAGAGAAUUCCGCUAAUAGCAGCACACCCAUUCGCGGUCAAAAUGCAAAACACAGUCCAUACCAACUCAACACCAGCACACCCGUCAUCCAUCUAGGAAGUCGAUCGGGCAAAAGCUCACGUAACUCCUGGGCCAUGGAUUGCUCAACUCCAAACACAAACAGCAGCGCACAACCGUUGUCGGCGGCGACGGGUAACGGUUCUCGAUAUGAGUCACGACGCAGUCACGACCGAUCCUUCGGUAAUAACACCAACACUAGCCGCCAGACCAGCUCACCUUGUUUGGGUGACUUCAUUACCCAUUCGUCGUUAAAAUCGAAAUCGCGAAAAUCAACUACUGCCAGCGCAAAUAACAGUAAAGACACUAGCAAUAAGGCGAACUCAAUCUUCUUGGAUAACGACUUUCCGGGACUGCAAACCUCGAUGCAGUCGUCGACCCCCGGAAAUGAACAACAUCAGCCAAAUAGAAGCAAAAAGCGGGUGACACCAAUCACGGUCAGUAAAACACUUACCAGUCGGCUCGGUGCUUCCAGUUUCGAGUUGGAAAACUCUGUAGGUUCGCCAGAGGGAAAGUCUAAACGCAGAAUCGCACCAACCAUCCUCAGUAGGUCUACCUCAAGCAGGCACGAUUUCAACAGCUCGUCCUUCAAAUCAGAUAACAAUCUCAUUAACUUGACUGAGGACAGCUUGGAGCUGGAUCUUUCCCAGAAGGACGAACGUGGUUUACUGAGAAACUACAAAGACAUCAUCAAAAGCAAUUUUGAAAGCGCCGAAGAGCAGAACCCGGACUCAACCAGAAAACUUCACGCUGCCCUCCGGAACACAAUAAAUACGCCACGAAAGUUGUCCGAAAGCACAAAUUUACCCCCAAUCAGAAUCGACUUGAGCCGCGUGACGAAGCCGGCCGCCAUCGACCGCUUGGUUGCUGUUUACUCACUCCUUAUCGACCUUAACCUUACACCAAACAUCCUGUCGGAGCUAUCGUAUUUAAUCAACUUAAUUAACACUGAAUUCGAUCCGUUCGAUUCCAUCGCCGCUGUUGAGAAUGGAGAAGCCGAUCAGCAGAACCUCUUGAAGAACCUGAACAAUUGUGUUUAUUUUGCUUUGGAAGUGUUGAAUCGUCAGAAAACUCUGCUGGCGCUCCUGGACAGCACCACACUCAAGGUGCUAAUCGAAAACGAGCGUAUCGCUGGUUUGAAUCAACCACUUCACCUUUAUCUGCGGGAAAUUCACGGACAGAAACUUCAGCUCGAUAGCAAUGGACAAAGGCUGCUGGAUGCUUCGGCAAAGUUGUCCAACGUUUCUUUCGGUAGCAAUGUGCUCUACCAGCAAGAGGCCGACACCAAGGAGCACUUCCCAUCCGAUAAGGAGUUCGGUGCGUUUAAGAAGCAGCGUGAUGCGUUCUGUACGAUUUAUAGGACGUGGGAUUUCAAGCAUCUGAACCCGACAUGGAACUUUUUGGCGGAGCUCGGCGGAAAGGUACGCUCGCUGCUCGGCAUCAUGGAGCAUCCGAUCAAUAUGGCCCACCUGGCGAAGCUCUUCACGGCGCAGCUUGUGCAAUCCUGCAACUUUGACAAUGCUACCUCGGAACUGGCAAUGGACCUCCCAAACGUGGAUCCGGCCAAGCUGGUCAAGUUGCGGCAGCGUUUGGUGGCUCCCGGUCAGUUCUCCACCCAGUACCUAUUUCCCGGAAGUCAGGCGUUUUUCCGCGAUUUCAUCAUCGCCAGCGAGUCCAAUCAAACAUUCAUCGAACAGCUGAAGGCCGUGCUGAUCCACGAGCUGCUGGAAAUGAACGGGUCCUCGUACGAGGUGCUCAAUGUGUCCAGCUCCGAUAAACAGCACGAUUGCGAAUAUGUGGUACGGCCGGAAUCGACGACGACGAUGCGUGUUCUGGCGAAAUUCAUCGGAUACAUCAUCUCAAGGCCGUUCGGCUAUGACAGCUACCGGAAUAGCACGGUAGACAAUCGGCAGAUCCAGCUUCGCAAUACGCUCCUGCCACUGUUCGACGUGAAAUCGAUUUUGCUGAGUGCCAUAGCGGAACGAAAGCUGAUAAUCACCGUGCCUUGGUUGGUUCAAUAUUUGGCCAUGCUGGAUGGUAUUAGUCUACGCUUGAGCUACUACAAGGACCUGUUCGAUGUAUUGUACGAACUGUACCUGAGAACUAACGCGUACGAAAUGGAAUCCGAGAGGAGGCUGCUGGUGACACCCACUUCCAAGUUUAUCAUACGAGCAUGCCUGGGCUGGCUGUUCGAACAUCCCAACAUACCGGAGGAAUAUCUGAGCUAUCGUCGGGAGCGGCGGUCUUUGUUAUCGGUUGAUGAAAACCCGCACAACUACAAAAAGAUUGAAUUGCUUGUCGAGAAAACUACUGCCGAUGAAAUGGAAAUUAACAAAGCUUUGAUCCUGACAAAGGUUGACGAGCACUCAGGAGGAAUAUUGAAAUGUGAAAUCAAGCCUGCAAAGGAUAUGUGUAACGAACCUUUAGAGUUAGUUAAAGUAAACGCAACAACGAGCAAAAGUGAAGAACUGCUCCUCAACCCGCUCCUCGAAAACAUUCUCAACGCGGCAUGCCCUUUCCUAGCCGAUUUCCGCGUCUCCAUGAUGCCAUCCAAGGUUGAAAAAACCGUCUCCCGAUCCGGUCGGUACCGCCAUAUCACAACGAAGUACUCCGGAACGUCCACCAUCGCUGCCCAGCAGAAACCGACAAACAACCAACACCGGCUGAUUGAAGCCUUCCUCCAGUCGCAAAGUUUGUCCGUCCGCCGCACCGUCGAAUUCGUCAUCGAAAGGGCAUCGUCUGCCGCCAUCAAAGACUUCCAAGUUGCCCACCUUCUACCGGAACGUAAAAAGAUCACCGAACAGAUUGCCACCAUACAGGCGGAAUCCAUCCCUCAGGCGACCAAGCAAAUCUACAUGAUAUGCUCCGCCGCACUCGCCGACAUCAACGCCAGAUGGGACGAGAAAAUCCCACCGAUGCUCGCCCGUCGAAUCAAGGAUGGAUUUGAUGCAUUGCUCCCGAGUGAGGCCCUCGAGUCCGUGAAACGAACGUGCAUCAAUCUUGCACUGGAGCGGUGCCUGGCCAAGACGAGCGAAUGGCGCCAGACGCAUAUGCUCGAAAUAGAUUUAUUCUGUAAGGACAUUCCGGGGGAAGCUUCGAAGGCAGUUAAGAACCCAUUCGACAAACAAUCCUUCCCUGUGACCCCGUUGCUCGUUACGUUGGGCCGAGUAGAGCACACCUUCGUGUACGAGCAGCUCCAGACCAUGAUUUACCUUGCCUGCUCGCAUCCGGACGAACUAAGUCCGGAAGGAUUAAACAAAUUCCUUGUGCUCGUGUUGACAUACCUGGACGAGCAGGAUACCAUCCAAUCGAUGAACCGUACUUUGGCGUACAUGCUACUUCAACUGGCCCUGCUGAUUGUGAUUCACCGAUGUGAUCUAAUUGUACCUGAGAUAGUACAAAUGUUGUUGUCCGUAUGGCAGCACCGGAAAUUGAGUGAGUUUUGCGUUGCUCCCGAAUCGUCCAAUCACGUCAAUGAGGAUGAUGAGAUUGCGAAACUUAUGCUGGCUAAUAGCGAUGCGUCGAUAGAUGCCGAAAGAUCCGUCGUCGAUGAGGAGGAUAUUAUGCGCAUCAGAGAAAGAAAGCAGCAGGAAGAUGCCAACUACAUCUUCUCGACGCUGGUGAGCAACCGAUGCAUCCGAAUGAUGGAUGCCCGUGGGGCGGACGACGUGUUUGCAUGCUUUGCUAAUUUGAUCAACAGUUUGGUUGACUGUAAUCUGAUCAGCAUCCGGCUAUUGAACGAGCAGUUUGUGAAAAUAUUCAACGAGAGCUGGCAACAGCAAACGUUGGAACGCGUCUCCUGGCUGAUGGACGCUGUCCUGCGUGGUAGCAAUCAACGGCCAUCGGCCCAAGGACACCCUGGCGGACGCAAAAGCACCGAUGCGGACGAUUCACACUCGCAACUUUUUCUGGAAAUGCUUUCUGAUUUGGCCCGCGGAAUCGGAGACUUUUGAUGGUUGCUGUGUCGGCGCAGUUCCACGUACCUUGGGUUUCAGAAAGAAAGACGGUGCGACUGGUGUAGAUGAGAUGAAUGUGGCAUGUUGAACGGUACAGGUAAAGUAUUGCUGUAUUUAAAGAUGGAUCCUCAUCACACAACUAUGAUGACUUAGCGUGGGAACAUGCUUAUUCCUUGGUUUAAGUUUUUUUUUACAUUUCUUGUUCUUAAUUCUUUUUUUACGUUUUUAUCUACAUUGACAUUUGCAUUUAUUUCUUCGAAAAUGUUCAUUUUGUUUUCCUCUUUCAUUCGUCACUCACAACUAUGUUAAAUUUGACGCUCUAAUUAUUUUUAAGGUAAUAAAAGACAAAAGAUUGCUCAACUA